UGGCAUAACUAUUAACUAAAAUGUAAAAAGACCAAAGAGUCUUUGUGUCUUCAAAAGUAACUAAUAAACAAAAAGAAAAACAAAAUCAAGUAGAAACUAGAAAGCAUGCGAGCACGUUCGUUCGUUAGGAUACGCAACUAAAUAUGGAGAGCACAUCAUCUCCAUCCCUUAAAGCCACCGCCUUUACUUUUUAUUUACAUUUUACGUUUCCUCCUCCACGUUUCUGUUAAAAACCAAACCCAAAAGCAGAGAGAAAGGCCAUUGAUUUUCUCAUAUAUGGCCAACUCCAAAAGAUUGUUUGGCGUUGUAAGGAGGAAUCUUCUCCGGCGAUCUCCCAGCAGAAUCACCAUCAUCCGCUCUUCAACCACAAAAACAACUAAAGAAGAGAUUGCCGCCAUUAAAAUCCAAGCUUUCUUCAGAGGCCACCUGGCGAGGAGAGCGUUUAGAGCGCUCAAGAGUCUUGUAAAGCUUCAGGCGGUAGCUAGAGGAGUGCUUGUGAGGAGACAAGCUCGAAUAGCCUUACAUUGUAUGCAUGCCCUUGCUCGCUUGCAGGUUAGGGUUCGUGCUCGUCAGCUUCUCUCUCAUUAAUUCCAUGACAAAUCCUUACUUUUCCCCUGUUUCUACCAUCUUCUUGUGAUUGUGACAUUCUACUUAACAUCAUUGUCCUUUCAGAUUAAUUCACCGUUUUGUGAUUGAUUUUGUAUAUGUACUAAUUAGCCCUAACACCCUGCAUUUGUAUUGAUCGAUAAAACAAGUUCAGUCUAGCUAACAUUCUGUCUCAGAUUUUGUUGAAAAUUAGUAGAAAUUAACAACAAUGUCUCCA